CGCCAGUUGGCGCUGAAGUGCUCUAGGUGCCACCUGAUGUGCUAGAAAACGUCAAACGCGUGGCAGUUCCGCAUACUGCAACCAUUUUUUUGUUUACGUUUACACUGCAGUUAUUGCUGCAUUGCAUUUGCAUUUGUUGCGGUCGUGUUGCAUAUUGUAAGCAGCAGCAGCAGUAUUAAAAACCAAUUCACAUCGAACAGUAAUUGCUUUCUGCUGGCAUUUAAGAGUGUUCAGUGGCUGUGUUCAUUUACCAUUAACGCUGAUUGCCUUUUGAUCAACGCUUUCGCAGCGAGUGCUCACCUGCUCACACACACGCACACAAACACACUAACAUUCAGUUGCUUUCAGGCUCACACAUAUAGAAGCAUACUCGCAGACUCGUACAUUGACAUCGCAUCUGAAAUCAAAAAUUCUUAAGCGGCCGCUAGCUGCUGCUGGGCUAAUUGCUGUUCGACGUUUUCUUACGAUUUGGGUUUACAUUGUUGUCGCGUAGCCGCUGCUGAUAUUGCGACGACUACGUCGACGUCGACGUUGACGCCAACGCCAACACAGAGAUACGUCGACACGUCAACACAAAACUCGAAUUUGACUUGCAAUUGGCUUUGGCAUUGACAUUGGCAUUGGCAUUGACAAUUCAAAGUAAAGUGAACCCAUCGAAAUUGUAUUGUGAAUCACAAUUGGGGCAAGAUGCGCGUGAGUAAUAUACGCAGCGGCCGCAUCUGCCGCAUGGCAUUGUGCCUGCUGGUCAUCUUGCCGUUGCUCUAUCUGCUGGCCAACUGGAGCGAUCACCACAAGCGCGUCCAAGAGGCGUAUCACACGCGCUUCGGCGGACCCAAGUUCAGUCAUCAGCGUCUCGAGAAUCGGCCACGGGAGGUGCCCACGCUAGUGGAGGGCCUGGGCAAUUUCGAGCCCCGAGAUCUGAAGCCACGCACCGGACCUGGCGAGAACGGAGAAGGUCACAUUCUGUCGCCCGACAAGAAGAACGUGGCCGAUGCCUCCGAAAUGGAAUAUGGCAUGAACAUCGCCUGCUCGGAUGAGAUAUCGAUGCAUCGUUCGGUGCGUGAUACACGCCUUGAGGAGUGCAAACACUGGGACUAUCCCUACGACCUGCCGCCGACCAGUGUCAUCAUUGUGUUCCACAACGAGGGCUUCUCCGUCCUGAUGCGCACCGUGCACUCGGUGAUCGAUCGCUCGCCCAAGCACAUGCUGCACGAGAUCAUUCUGGUGGACGAUUUCUCGGACAAGGAGAAUCUGCGCAGCAAACUGGACGAGUAUGUCCUGCAGUUCAAGGGCCUGGUCAAGAUCAUACGCAAUACGGAACGCGAGGGUCUCAUACGAACACGCUCUCGUGGCGCCAUGGAAGCUACAGGUGAGGUGAUUGUCUUUCUGGAUGCGCAUUGUGAGGUGAAUCUCAAUUGGCUGCCACCGCUGCUGGCGCCCAUCUAUCGUGAUCGCACCGUGAUGACCGUGCCCAUCAUUGAUGGCAUCGAUCACAAGACCUUCGAGUACCGUCCGGUCUAUGGCAGCGACAAUCAUUUCCGCGGCAUCUUCGAGUGGGGCAUGCUGUACAAGGAGAACGAGGUGCCGCGCCGCGAGCAGCGUCGUCGUGCCCACAACUCUGAGCCGUAUCGCAGUCCGACGCAUGCGGGCGGACUCUUUGCGAUUAAUCGCGAGUAUUUCCUGGAACUGGGCGCCUACGAUCCGGGCCUGCUUGUCUGGGGCGGCGAGAACUUUGAGCUGAGCUUCAAGAUCUGGCAAUGUGGCGGCAGCAUCGAAUGGGUGCCCUGCUCCCGCGUCGGCCAUGUCUAUCGCGGCUUUAUGCCCUACAACUUUGGCAAGCUGGCGAGCAAGAAGAAGGGUCCAUUGAUUACCAUCAACUACAAGCGCGUCAUUGAGACCUGGUUCGAUGACACACACAAGGAGUUCUUCUACACGCGUGAGCCGCUGGCGCGUUACCUGGACAUGGGCGACAUUUCCGAGCAGCUGGCGCUGAAGAAGCGCCUCAACUGCAAGUCCUUCCAGUGGUUCAUGGACAACAUUGCCUACGAUGUGGUGGACAAAUUCCCGGCCCUGCCAGCCAACUUGCAUUGGGGCGAGCUGCGCUCGGUGGCCUCUGAUGGCUGCCUGGACUCCAUGGGCCACCAGCCGCCGGCCAUAAUGGGCCUCUCCUAUUGCCAUGGCGGUGGCAAUAAUCAGCUGGUGCGCCUGAAUGCCGCUGGACAGCUGGGCGUUGGCGAACGUUGCGUGGAGGCCGAUCGCCAGGGCAUUAAGCUGGCCGUCUGCCGCUUGGGCACCGUCGACGGACCCUGGAGCUACAACGAACAGACCAAGCAUCUGCUCCAUCGCGUCCACAAAAAGUGCAUGGCUCUGCAUCCGACGACACAGCAACUCUCGCUGGGUCAGUGCGAUGUGAACGAUGGCUACCAGAAGUGGCUCUUCAAGGAGAUACGUCCACACUGGUAGGAGUGAUCGGACGAUUGAGGCAGCCAGGCGUCAAAGCAAUAUCUAACAAGGGUUUCAACGGGGUACGACCAACGAGUGGGCAGGCAGGGGUCUAAAUGAGGGGAAAGGGAAUUAAAAAAGGGGGGUUUCGGCGCCGUUUUUAGACACAAGGAAUUUAGUGAAAAUGAAACAAAAUGGAAUUGUUGUUGGUUUUAGCACGCACACACAUACACACACAUACACAAGGCAUCAAGGAAUAUAUAUGAUGAGCAUGGUAAUCAAUCGGUAGAGUCAAACAUUAUCUCUUUGUGAUGAAACAUGAUAUUUAACAAUGGAGUUGGAACACUUUGAGCUCCAUUUAUAUAUGUAUUUUAGUAGAACAAAAUUUAACUAAUGUGUAUUUGCUAUAGCUUCUCAUUCGUAUACUAAGAAAUUAAUUCGUAUUAAGUACAAAAUUUUCGUUGAGGUCGAUUAGUUAAGGUAAUUAGCCGAUUGUCCAAAUUAAACAAUGCGUGUGCAUGUCGGUGUGUGUUUGUGUGUGCGUGUACAUUGUUGUUGAGCACAACGCAUGCGAGUGAGUGAGAGCGGCGCUAGAGCGAGAUAGCGUCAACAUUUUUGUGUGCAUAAUGGUUUUAGCAUGUGUGCGAGCAGAGCCGUUGCCGAAAUGCAAGCGAGCGAAUCAUGUGCAAUAUAUAUACAUAUAUAUAUAUAUGAAAUAUAUGUAUAUAUUCGCAUUAUAGCCUUGCCAGGAAAUUUUUAUGAAUAUCAGCAAACUUAUUUGUAAUAUUAUAGUGAAUAUGUAUGCCUAUUAUAACUCCACAUAACUAUGUAUAUCUCUAUAUAUGUAUUUAUUAUAUACCUUGGUUAAUUAACUAUCUCUAUUGCUGCCACAUUCCACAAAUUUUACUAUAGAACCUAACUUUAUGCGACUUUGCCAAUUAAUAAUUAGCAUCUUUUUUAUCAGUU